AUGAAUAAUAACAACGACGUGGUCAUUCAUAAAAUUAGUAGCUAUAGUAACUCAAUAACAGUUGAGAAGAUUAUCAAUCUAAAUAACCCUAACAACAUUAAAAAUUACCACAACCAAGAAGAGGAGCCCAUUAUACAAUUCCAAUUCAAGAUCACCUACCACACAAAACUCACUACUGGCUACGGCCACGUGUCAAACAUUGAUGACAACUACACCAUCGACGGUACCAUAGCCGAUGUUCGGUACAGCCCAACAUCAGAAGCCAUCUUCUCACGACCGUUAGGUAUUGAGGAAAUCCAUUGUUUCGAGGCAACCUACAAUACCCUUUCACCCGUAUUGUUGAGGGUUGGAGUUAGAGACCACAGUGCCAAAAGUGACGUGUCACAAAAUAUUACCAAGUUUUGUGAGAGGUUUAUCAUCAACAACAACAACAAUUCAAGAUUGAUUGUUUGUGUACUUGUGGAGAUGGAGAGAGAGAUAGAGCAAUGGGAGUGUGUUUCGUGUAGUAUGGAAUUAGCAAAUAUUGGUGCUAAUCAUGAUGAGGAUGAAUCUUAUUGGAUGGCUGAUAGUAUGGGAAUUGUGGAUUUGCAUCUUGAAGCUUAUAAAGUUGGAGAGGAUGAUGAGAAAUUAGGAGAGAGUUGCUCAGUGUGUUUGGAAGAAUUUGAAGUGGGAACAAAAGGUGCAAAGAUGCCAAAUUGUUUACAUUUGUUUCAUGUGAAUUGUAUUGGUAACUGGCUUCGAAGAAAUCAAUCUUGUCCUAUUUGUCGAUCUCAAUUAUAUCCUACUUUUCUUUUCUAG